ACACUACACUUCGGUCACGAAAAAUUCCAACCACAAUCUACGCAACUCAUCCAUCGUCCUAUCAUACUCAAUUUCAAUAACCUCAGCUGGCACUACCCGCGUCAGAUAUCCUGAUAUGCCUGUUCAAGUGGAGGCGAGUGCGCAGCCAAUACCAGUACUGUUUUAUUACGAUGCCGUUCGAUCACGACAUGCCACCACACCUGGGAGCCGGAGCCGACGCUAACGACACUGAUGGGGACGCAGGUCAGCUUGAUCAGAUCGUUACUGCACUCGCGUCGAUGCCGAUGGCCUCCAGCAUAGCGACGGCUACGGAUGAGUCCGCGCUCUUGGUACUGGCACAGCACGUCGUGGUCUGCACCGGGGUCCGCCCAACGACAGGAGCGGGAGUGGCGGUCGCAGGACGAGUGAGGGAGAGCGCGGAGAACAGCGAGAACGUGAGAGAGCAUCUUGAGUGCGUCGAGAUAGCAGGAGUGUGCGGGCCUGCCAAGGUUCUGAGGUUGCUUCACCGCCGGCGUACAGUGCGAAGCCGGGCUUGCUGUCGAAAGCGCCGCUCUCGGGAUGGUUGGCGAUAAUCUGAAACCUUGCCUUCGUGAUGAUCAUACUGAGGAUAGAGUUGAAAGUUCUGUAAAUAAUGAGAUACAUCGGGCUCUCAAGUCUCCGAUUAGGCGUAGGUUUGGGGCUACCAGUAACCGCGUGGCAGACGAGAAUAUACCCGCGCAAGUUCUGCGUGCAACACACAAGGGCGCAGACAACGGCAGACCACGGGCUGAGCGAACGGACGCUGCGUGAGCCGUGCAAAGCCGAUAGAUCGAGAUACCUAGCCACCUUCAAGCCAUACUGCUCGAUGAAAGAUAUCGUGACAUUACAGGCGCGUUUCGCGGUCGAGAACAGCGAAUGUGUUCGCAGAGCCGCGAUGAUCAGACGAGAGACGCGUCAAGAUGCUUCGAACGCCGAGCCCCGUAGUGGCACACCGUCCGAGAGUUUGAGGGUCGGCUCAGCUCCGACUCGACAUAGUCUGGCGCCAUCAUUGUUCAUUAAGCCCAAAACUGGCAGAGCGAAGGCGUAGCAGUGCCUG